GAUGAGCUGUGUGAGGGCCGCAGGUGCGCUGAAGCCGCGCGCUUCUCCUGCCGCUCCGCGCCUCUGAGCCUCCUGCAUGAUGAUGAAACUCCUCACGCGCGCGCGCCUCCUCCUGCUCCUCAUCCUCACAGGUCCGUUCAGCGUGUUCCACCUGCCCAGCUGCAGUGUGAUGGGCACCCCUCUCAUGAUGGACCCCAACAGCAUCUGCAGGAGGAGCAAGCCUCCAGGCAGCGCUCACGCUGAGCUGUGCCAAACGAAGCCCGAGAUCAUCCAAGAAGUGGCCAAGGGCGCACGGCUUGGCAUGCGCGAGUGCCAACACCAGUUCCGCCAGCACCGCUGGAACUGCACCAGCCACAGCAAGAGUCUGGGCAAGAUCCUACAGCAAGAUAUUCGGGAGACGGCGUUUGUAAAUGGAAUCACAGCUGCAGGAGUGCUACAUGCAGUGACGCAGGCCUGCAGCCAGGGGGACCUGCUAGAGUGUGGCUGUCUGACUCUGAAGAUCUCUCCUGCAAGCCCCCUUGAACGGGCCGUGGACCACACGGCCAGCCAAAUCCCUGCGCUCCAGGACCAGCGCUGGGAGUGGGGCGGCUGUGGGGACGAUGUGGACUUUGGUUACGAGAUUUCCAGACAAUUCAUGGACACCCGGAGGCGAAAGGGCAAGAGUGACAUCAGGACCCGGAUUGAUCUGCACAAUAACGAGGCAGGAAGACUGGCUGUGAAGACCCAUAUGCGGACUGAAUGUAAAUGCCACGGUCUGUCCGGCUCCUGUACGCUCCGCAGCUGCUGGAGGAAAAUGCCUCUGUUCCGGCAGGUGGGCGACCACCUCAUGGAAAGCUACCACGCGGCGGUCCGAGUGAUGGGCAGCAACGAUGGCAAAUCCCUCAUUCCCGUGGAGACGGAUAUCCCACUCCCGGGAGCCCACAGCCUCAUCUACUCGGACGAGUCCCCGGACUUUUGCUCGGCUAGUCGCAGGACGGGCUCGGAGGGCACACGGGGUCGCCUGUGUAACAGCACAGAGACAGGGCCUGGAGCCUGCGACUGGCUGUGCUGCACUAAAGGACAUACGCAGCUAACUCUGGAAUACGAGGAAAACUGCCAGUGUCAGUUCCAGUGGUGCUGCGUGGUCCAGUGUGAGAGAUGCACAGUGAGGAGGGAGGUCAGCGUCUGCCUUUAGACUGCUCACUGACUCUGUUCUAUUUAGUCUCAGCCUCAGAUGCUCCGCCCUCUGAGACAUACAGAUCAUGAUAUUUAUUGUUUGCUAAGGUGGCC